AUGAGUCAAAUAAAAGGAGAGUUUCAAUGGCAAAAACGAUUAGAAAAUAUUUCACAUGCAAAUAAAAAGUUCAAAACCACGAACGUUGUAAUUCCAGUAAUUCAAGAACAGCAGGAAGAUGGAGUAUCUGAUGAUAAUGAUGAUUUUUUUGAUCAAGACCCUGAGUGUGAUAUUGAAUCAUCUCGUGAGUGGAGAAAUUUAAUAAAAGAAUGGAUUAAAAUGGUGGGUGAAGAUGAAAAAAUAGAUCAGACAGACGAAGAAAAUAGUGAAAAUUUAGAACCACUCAUUGAUCAUGUUAUGAAUUUAAACCAGAUUUUGCGUAAACAACACCCACUUACUAACAAAAAUGCCAAAUGGGAAGUUAGGUGA